CUCAACCCCUGAGCCGCGCUGGCCGGGCUGAGCUGUACUUUUUUUAUAUGUACGGGUAUAUUUUUAUUGAUUUCAGAGAGGAAGGGUGAGGGAGAGAGAACCAUCAGUGAGAGUGAGCUGUCCCGUUUAAAGGUGGUGGCGGGUGACGUCAGAGCCGCCACAUCAGUGUUGAAUGAUCAGCAGGAAGCCAGGGCCUGGGCGCCUGUGGGAGGCGGGCGGUCGGUCAGGAGCAGGGCAGUGAGGGGGCCGGAGAGUGGGCGCUUCCCGCUGGUCUCACUGUCACAGACGAGGUGCUCAUGGCCGCCCCCCUGAGGAUCGCGGACAUGACCUCGGGGCUCAUCGGGGGAGAGGACGGCCGCGUCUACGUCUACAACGGCAGGCGCACCUUCUCCGGCGACAUGACGGGCAAAUGCAAGUCCUGGACGUCCCCGUGUCCAGAGGAGAAGGCCCAGCACGUCCUGAUUUCCCCGGAAGCGAGCUCGCGGUUCGGGAGCGGCCUGGUCACCGUGCGGUCCAAGGACAAGAACCAAGUGGUCGUGGCCGCAGAAAGGAGCUCUCUGGGAGCCCGACUGGCCGGGGCGCUUCACGUCUACAGCCUGGACUCAGACUGGAGCCCUGCCCGUGUGCCCGCCGCCCCCGCGGACACCGGGAGGACCUGCUGGAAGGAGGUGAGGCUCCCGGGAGUGGAGACACACGCAGCCAAACUGUCUGGAAACGAAACAGCGCGUCCGACUGCACCACAAGCUUGCGGCAUCGUGGGCACCGGCCGCUCUCCUGCCUAAGUUAACCCCUCAGACAGCACGUGGUCACCGGCGCGCGGGAAACUAACACCCGCGGCCGACGGAUUAAAUGCUCACGGCGAGAUUCUGAACGGAAAUACCGUCUAGAGUUCUAGUCUCAUUAACACACAUCUGAACUUACAAGUUUAACUCAAAAUUACCUUUAUUUCAAGAUCUCAGAACACAUUCCCAUAUAUUGGCAGUUGUUGGU